CUUCGGUAGUGUUGCAGCUCUUUUAGAAUUUGUCUAGUAGGUUUUCCGGUGUUUACCGGGAAGCCCUUGCUUUCUGUUUGGAAAAAAGUUAUAUUUAAAGAGGGAGAAACAAUAGCUUGUUUGUUUCUUGUUCGCCGGGCUCGUGGGCAGAAACUCGCUGCCUUUUUGUUUCCGCCCUGCAAGCCCGGUAGCUGGUAACAAAUUUGUUGCGUUUCGGCCCUGGAUGCUGACGCGCGGCUUCCGGAAUCGGAAAGCAGCUUCCUCUCUGAGCGCGGCGGCGACCGCGGGUCUCAGAAGCUGGAGCUAAGCGUGCAACCCUGUUGAGCAUCCUAUGGCGUCGGGUCCCGCGCAACCCGCGGCCUUAAGCGCCGAGCAGGCCAAGGUGGUCCUAGCUGAGGUGAUCCAGGCGUUUGCGGCACCGGAGAACGCGGUGCGCAUGGAAGAGGCUCGGGACAAUGCUUGCAACGACAUGGGCAAGAUGCUGCAGUUCGUGCUUCCCGUAGCUACGCAGAUCCAGCAGGAGGUCCUCAAAGCUUACGGCUUCAGCUGCGAUGGGGAAGGUGUCCUGAAGUUUGCCAGACUGGUGAAGUCCUAUGAGGCUCAAGAUCCUGAGAUAGCCAGUUUGUCUGGAAAAUUGAAGGCCCUGUUUCUGCCACCCAUGACUCUGCCCCCCCAUGGGCCUGGAUUAGGGGGCAGUGUGGCAGCCUCCUGAGGGAGAACCUUAUCUGUCACAGUCACAACUACUUUGGAAGGGAAAUGUGCCAAUCAUCCUGGAACUCUUGUACCACUGGCCGUGCCUGGUGCAUAAUAAAUAUUGUUGAUGCUUGGUCUCA